AUGGGAGAUUGUCAGCUCGGAAGAAAGGUGAGCUUUUGUCAUGCUGUAAUCUUCAAAGUUCACCACCUUUUUAGAUACGUGCAGGAACUCAUCAAGCUAAACGAGACCUUCUGCCAACAUCUCCUUCCUGCUUCCGCUACGUCCCCUUCGCUCAGCCUGUUUGACCUCAACUCUACCCUCGCUCGCACGCUCUCACCUAACGCUUCACCAGCACCAGGUUCACCCGCCGAAUCGUUUGACCACCUUCCCAUUGCUGCUCGAUACGCAUCACCAUCUCUGUCUCACUCCCCUCAGCCACCGUCGUCCGCUCGAAUCAAUGCUUACCACGCCUUGACACUCGGAGGACCACCUCACUCGGGAGCUAACCGAAAAGCCAGUUCGAACACUCUCAACGCAUCGGCUAGAGCUCAUCAAUCUUUACCUCCGCCACCUCGAAGCACGUCAGCAGGACACCAUUCGAUCAAUCCCAGAGUAUCUUAUCAUCCUGGACUCGGAGCUGGCAAGCUCUACAAAUUUGGAGAAUCCUCACGAAUCCCUUCGUCUAGUUCGGCAUCGUCAUUCGUCCCGGGCAAGAACCAUCUUCCAGAAGAUCUCGAAAAGGUCCUCCUGGCAGUCGCAGGUGGCAUCCUGGAAGGUCAUAUCAAGCUAGCUGCCGCGCUGAGAAAACGAUACGAGAACCAGUAUCCUCUAGUCAGGUCCUUAGCCGACGUCUUCACGGCCCAUUCAUACAUUCUACGAGAAUACGCGACCUAUGUCUUGCACUUGGAGAAAGCCCUCAGUCAAGUUGAUGCUGCGCUCGCGACCUUUACCCAAUCCAUGUCGCGCAGAUCCUCACGCCGAUUGGAGGAUACAGAUUUCGGUCGACUAGGCAAACUGUUGAUGGCACUGGAAGAGCUAGCAGCUGAACGAGGCGAAUCUGGCCUGGUCAUUUCAUUGUCCAAGCCGUUUCAGCGGCUCCUCAAGUACCCGCUCUUGUUCCAGAACUUGCUUUUCAACACCGACCCAAGUUUGAAAGAGUACGAAGCGACUCUGAACAUGGUAGAUGAGGUGGAAGAGAUUGUGAGGUCUAUAGAGGAUGAAAAAGCUUCUUCGGAAGAGAGGGAGAAGACGAGGGACGUUUGGGCUCGGAUUGAGGGUCUGGAAAGGGACAAGUUACUCAUGGCUCCCAAGCCGAAUCGACUGCUCGUAGGCGAGACUUCUGUAUCGGGUGUCGACGGGGCACAAGCGGAUCCCGCGACCAAGUCCAAAAAGUCGUUUCGCAGACUAUCAGAUAUACUUAAAGGAAGUGGACAGAUGUCAGAUCUAUGGAUCGUGCGCUUCUCAGAUGUUUCGCUCGUUUGCGAGCGGACUGGGCUCACGCAUCUGCCACUAUCUGGUGUGAAGUCUCAUUCAGGUCGCAGCGAUUCCCUGCCUGAAAUCAAUGGCAGGUCAAAGUAUGCAACGGCGGGCAAAAGAUCUGCUUCGAUCAAAGCGAGGAAUCUGUAUCGUUUCAUCAAGGUUCACGAGUGGCAUUUGCGUCCAAAGGAGGCUACUUCAGAGGGAGUGUGA